AAAAAAAAAAAAAAAAUGAAGAUUAAAUAUGCCAUUGUCUUCAUCUUUAUCGUGGCCCUGGUCAUCAUUGAAAAGGAAAGUAAUAUCAUAUCGAGUUGGUUUCUCAUCAGGGUGUCCGAUAAAAUGUUGCAGAGGCAAACUCCACAGCAGACCACACAACCUUCACUGGAUUACAGCAACACGACCGUGUUCAACGUGCUGCUCUCCAAAGCCAACGCGACAAAAGAGAGUCGCUCCGAUCAAACUGAGGAGCGGCCCGAAGAACAACUUCAAAGCGGGGGCCGUAAGCACAUAUUACUCAUGGCCACCACGAGAUCAGGUUCUUCAUUUGUGGGAGAAUUCUUCAACCAGCACGGAGAGAACAUGUUCUACCUGUAUGAGCCGCUGUGGCACGUAGAACGCAUGCUGACCAAGCCUGCGGAGACGUACAACGGCAGUUUGUUGCCGGGAAUUUAUCGGGAUGUACUCCGGGGUCUCUUCCUGUGUGACUUCUCCCCUCUGGAGAAGUUCAUCUCUCCACCACCCCAGAACCAUGUGACGCCGGGCCUGUUCCGCAGACAGUCCAGUUUGUCGCUGUGUGAAGAGAAUGUCUGCAACCCCGUCAUCAAGGAGGUUUUUGAGAGGUUCCACUGCAAAAAUCGGCAGUGCGGUCCGCUCAACCUGACCCUCGCUUCGCACUCGUGCCUUUCCAAACAAUACCAAGCCAUCAAGACUGUCCGCGUACACCAGUGGGACACGCUGCGGCCUCUGGUGGAGGACCCUCGCCUGAACAUCAAAAUAAUCCAGCUCGUCCGAGAUCCACGUGCCAUAUUAGCGUCACGCAUGGUGGCAUUCUCCUCAAAGUACCAGACGUGGAAGGCCUCGGUGCAGGACGGUCAGGUGCCGGAGAAUGACGAGGAGGUGAAGGGGCUCCAGGGCAACUGCGACAACAUCAGGUGGUCCGCCGAGGUGGGGCUGAGCCAACCUCGCUGGCUGAGGAGACGCUACAUGUUGGUGCGCUACGAGGACAUCGCUCGCUACCCCAUGCAGAAGGCCGAGGAGAUGUACAGGUUCACGGGGAUCCCGUUUAGCCCCCAAGCCCGCGAGUGGAUCCUGAGGAACACCCGCACCACGCAGGGUGCUAACGACAUUUACUCCACCCGGAAGAACUCGUCGGAGCAGGCGGAGAAAUGGAGAUACAGCAUUCCUUUCACACUGGCUCAGGCGGUGCAGCGACUCUGCGGGCCCACCAUGAAGCUGUUUGGCUACAAGUUUGUGGACGAUGCGGAGACGCUCGUUAAUAAGUCCAUCAGCUUGUGUGAGGACAGGACAUUUCACUAAACGUGCGUUCCGAGACACGACGAGCCUUUCCAGCAGGGAUCGGCCGGACUUUUUCUUCCGUAGGCCGCAUGGAGAAAAAUUGAUGGGGAAAAAAGGGCCGCGUUGACAUUCUUCAUCUUUGAUUUAAUUGAGACGCUAAAACCAAUCCAUCAGCCUAGGUAAAGAUAUAACAUAACUACCUGUCAUUUUUAACUUAUUGUCCAAAGUGUGCUUGCUAAAAGUUGUAUGUUUUUUUGAUGUAUGUGUAGAUUCUCAUUCAUUCAGAUCAUGGUCAUCCGCAAACGUUGAAUUGAGGCAACUGGACUCUUCUUGUUUUUGACAUUUCUUGUGUAUUUUCUGGUUUUCCACAAACGUUCAAAAAUGACUUGGGCAAUUAUGCUGUUCACCUAACCGUAUGCGAAGUUGAGAAAUAAAGAAAUAUAGAAGAGAAAUAU